AUGCCGAGGCAAGAGAUUUUAGAAGAUAAGGUCGAUGACAAGUUUAUAAAGAUCUUCCAGGAGCUUUGUGAACUCAAGACCGCUAUGGUGACUGCCCAGACUCUCAACUCGAGCGCACAAGUCUCAAUGCACCAACAGCUCUCCCAGCUGCAGCUGAUGAGCUUCAUCAACAACCUCAGCUUAAAUGUUACUCUGGAUCCAACGAAGAGUCUCCAGAUAUAUUUCUUCGCUCGCAAACGACAACACGCGCGUCAAGGAGACAGCUCAGCUUUCUGGUUGGCUCCCAAAAUGCAGAGUUGGAAUUCAAGAAUAGCAUCCUCACUUCUGAUGGUAAAAGCAAGCCACAGACUGCGGAAUGACAUGAAAAGUUUUCUGCAGACGCCAUACAACUUCUUCGAGAGUCCAACAUGUCUGUAA